AUGAAUAAAGCAAAUCGAACAACAAGUCUCCGUUAGCAUAAACUAACAUUUUUAAAAGACAAUAAUAAUAGCUUGUAAUUAUAGACCAGGUCAUAAAGCUUUAAAUAAAGUAUAAGCAUAUCUCCUGAUAAGAAAUCAUAAAUAUCUCCAACAAAAUAAAAUAGCGUAUUUCUGAAUGGAUAAUUACUUGUAUAUAAAUUUUUAAGUAUAAGACUCGUCCAAGAUCGAAAUAUAAUUAAUAAGGGAAUAUGUCUAGUACAAAAUUGCAAGAUUCUUAAAAAUUAUUUUUGAUACAAUAAGCAUAAUAAGCAUAAUAAUAUUAGUCAUAGUAAUAGAAAGCAGAAUAGAGUCCUGCAUUGCAUAGAAAACAAUAGAGUGAUAAAGGUUUAAAAUAUGAUUUACCAAGAAUAUCACCAAUAAAAGCAAGAUAAUAGAUAAAAUAGUUACAACCUGACAUGAAUCAAUUAGAUUUAUUUAAAAGAGAAUAAAUAAAAUAAAAUAUUAUAAAAAAUGCUUAUACUAAAUCAUAGGCAGGAAAAAAUGAAGAUAACUUAACAAAAAUAAACUAAGAUAGUUACAUAUCUCUUUAAUAAUUUAAAGAUAAUAUGUCCUUAUUUGGUGUUUGUGAUGGACAUGGUUAAGAUGGACAUAAAUGCAGUUAAUACGUUAAAGAUAAUUUACCAAAAAAUAUUAAUUCUCUAUUGUCUCAGAAUUCUUCAUCUAUUAGUGAAACAAUCUCAAAAUCAUUUAUAAGAACAAACUAUUAAUUAUGCAAUUUCGAAGAAAUAAUAACAACUUUUAGUGGUUCCACAACAGUAAUAAGUUUAAUUGUUGAUGAUACAAUUUAUACUGCAAAUGUUGGAGAUUCUAGAUCUAUAAUCUGUAGAUAAUAAAGUAAUGGAAAUAAAGUUGCUAUAUCAUUAUCAAAUGAUCAUAAACCAGAUUUACCUUAAGAAAGAAGAAGAAUUGAAUAGAAUGGUGGAAGAGUGGAACCUUAUAUAGAUUUCGAUGGAUCUAGUUUAGGACCUUCUAGAGUUUGGUUAAAAGGAGAAGAUAUUCCUGGAUUAGCUAUGAGUAGAAGUUUUGGUGAUAAGGUUGCAGCAAGUUGUGGUGUUAUAUGCGAACCAGGUUUUAUAUUUAUGUUUAAUUUAGAAAUUCUUACACAUAAAAUAUAAGAUGGUGAUUUAUUUAUGGUUUUAGCGUCAGAUGGAGUUUGGGAAUUCUUAAGCAAUGAACAAGUAUAUUUUAUUCUUAAAAAAGGUUAUAGAUAUGAUAUAUCCAUAUUAUAUUCAAGAUGAAGGUAAUGCUGCAUGUGUUAGAAUCGUAAAAGAAUCCAUCAAAUUAUGGAAAUUAAAUGAUACGGUAAUAGAUGAUAUUACUAUUGUUAUUGUAUUCUUUAACAAAUAAAAAUGA